UCCAAGUUGUGGGCAGUAACGAGGAAGUGCAGUCGCAGAUUGAGAGUAACGUCUUCAAGUGCUGUUACUCUCUUGUUUGGACUAAAGCUUUGUGAUGGCAGUGGACUGGGUUGGAUUUGGCUAUGCUGCAGCCAUCCUCUUCGGGGGAUUUAUGGGAUACAAGAGAAAAGGCAGCGUGAUGUCCCUGAUGGCUGGUUUAGUUUUUGGUUUGUUUUCUGCUUAUGGUGCAUACAACGUCUCCAAUAAUCCAAGUGACAUCAAGGUGUCAUUGCUUGCUUCUGGGGUCCUCGCAGUGGUGAUGGGAACGAGAUACAAGAGAUCUGGGAAAUUAAUGCCUGCUGGCAUUAUGGCAGGGCUAAGUUUGUUGAUGGUGUUUCGACUGCUACUACACCUCAUCGUGUGAGUGGAGAAAUGACACUGACCAGAGCGAGGGCUUUCUGUCUCUCGAUGAACAAACCUUGUUUUAAAGGAAACAGCAUUCCCAGUUAACAACAAGUCCUCUGUUUUGUUUGGAACUUUCAUGUGACCACAAACUUUGCAAAAGCUACCAGUUGGUGUUUAACAGAUUUACAGAUUUAAGAUUAACUGCUUAUUUUAUUAUAGUAAAUCUGUUUGGGCGAUCUUAUAUAAAUAAAAGUGCUUGUUUUUUUUUUUUUACAUAUGCAUGAGUGUAAGAUUAACAGAUGUACAUGAGCUUUGUGGGUGCUGUUUGUGUUGGCAAGAGGUUUACUGCAUACACUACAACUUCAGUUUUGCAGGCUGCACUGUUUGUAAUGUCUAAUAUUUAAUUUACUGAAUAAGGGCCCAGUUUAAAGAACAAAAUGUGUUGUCUUGACUGUUUGUAUGCCAUGUCUUUAACUUUAAAGAGGAACAAAGGUUUAUGUGAUUUUUUUUGUAAUAACAGCAAAACUAAAUAAACAGCUAUAAUUCUUAAAA